UAGCUAUCCAUCCACUAUUCUGUGCACUGGGACAAUUUCUUGCUCUACUUAUACUGUAUCAAGUAUUAAAUUAUUUGACCUUUGCAUCCAACAAGUAACAUCCCCACCACUAGGGAAUUCCCUCGGUCCCACCACCCGGACGGAGAAACCCUGGCGCCAAGGGCCGCAGGGUGGGGGCUAGAUAUGUCUCGCAGGAUCCUGUCCCUACUACUAAUGUUAAAUGCCCAUAAGAAGGGCGAUUUAAAAAGAAAAAUGGUUUCUUGUUUUCGAAAUUGGAGACAAACUAGAUAAUAGAUAUACUCGGAUUUGAUUAUAUGACUGAAGAUAAAAAGAUAAUUUUAUCACAUAAAAUUGAAACAAUUAUCUAAUGCAUUUCAUUAUGUUAUCAACAUAUUCAUCUGUCAGCAGUAUCAACAUUACCAUACAAUGGAAAAAAUACUUUUGAUAUUCAUGAAGUUAUAGCAACUGUACACAUUAUUACUCGGUCCAUUCAAACGAUAAAAUAUAAAAAUGAAGAAAAGUAACGAACAGACUGAAAAAAAACUAACGUAAAUAUUAAGAAAUUAAAAAUAACCUGAAGCCACAAGUAUGAAUAGAAAGUGGAUAGUUGUCAUCAAUUGUUCUAAGAUAUUCAAGUAGAAAUAAUGUCAGAAAUAGAACAUCAAUCGGUUUCACCGGUACCUUCGCAACCAGUAACGACUCUAACUAUUCAACCAUCAGCGUAUCGUAUACUACGUUCACCAAGUCACGAAAGUGUCACAACCGACUUAUCACUAUUUAGCGUUUCGUCAAUAACGAGUAAUAUUAAAAGUAGUAAUCGAAUAACUGCUUUGAAAUCAUUCAGUGAUAUACAUCUGUCUGACCGUAGAUCAUCACCAAAUCCCGAUGCUCGUGAUAGUGAAAAGAACAGGCCAGCAGACAUUCCUGAAAUUUUAUGGUUUGAAGAAGAAACUGAAUUAAUACGUAGUUGUGCUGCACUUUCAUCAGCUCUUGGCCUUUCAAAGAGUUUUAGUACCAGUGACGUAUCACAGUUACCCAGUCCAGAAGUAUCUUGUCCACAGGUAUUACGGCUUGCGGUUUCAGCUCUCGCUUUAAACUCCGCGCAUUGCGAUAGAUUUUUGAUAGAGCAGGCUCACCUUGAUCAUGCAUCAAGAUCUUGUAGCACUUGGGUAGCCGUUGGUGAUAUUGCCGGUACAUCACAAUUACCGAGUCCACAUGGAGGCACUUCUCAACAAAUCUCAGCAUCACUACAUCCGCAACCUAUACCCUUCACAGCUGCUGAUCUUGUGAGGUCUGUUAAUAAAAAAGUUCGUCAAAAUUAUAUCCGACGGAGGCUAUUAACAACUUAUCGUGCUCUUGAACGACUUUCACAGAGUGAAUUCAAUUUAGACAGACUAGAAGCCGUCGCAUCGGCUGCACAAACCACAUCAGGUGUAACUCUCGUAGUACCUGCUACUGGUUCGAACAUAGAUAGGUCAACAAUACUCAGUGGUAAGACUAGUGAUCAUCCACUUACAGUGAGUGACGUUGAACGUGAAAGUGGUAAGCAAUUGACAAAAUAUGAGAGAAAUAUGAUGAUAUUCAAUUGGUUACACAACCUAGAUGACAAUCCGGAUGAAAACCUUUCGACCGCAAGUGAAAUCAAAGUGCUGAAUGAUUAGUUAGUUCUAUUUUGUAUUUAUAUUGUGUAUAAUAUUUGUACAAAGAAUUGAUGUUUCUGAUAAAUAUGAAAUUUGUUUAGAAAUAUCUAUAUAUAUAUCUAUAUAUAUAUAUAUUAGGGUGGCCCAAAAAAACCGUCUAUUUUUUUUCCGAGUCUCUAAUAACAAUUUGUUGGUUUAAGAUGUUUUAAGACGCCUCUCCAAAAAUCAGCUCGAUAAAAAAUUUUUAAGAGAUCGCUCACGAAUUUUGAAAAUAUCAAAAAUGAUCGAAAUUCGGAUUUCUUGUUCUAAAUUUCUUCUUUCUCGUGGCAGCUAUAGUUUAUAUUUAUGAAAUCAUGACUACCCUGAAAAUUUCAGCUCAAUAUUCAAAUAUUUAAACGACGCUCAAGAAUUUUGAAUAUUAACUGAUAAUAUGUAACUAAUACUUUGAAUUAGUUGUUGUAUUUUUUUAUAACUCAAUUACUGUCAUUUCACUUAAAUAUAACUUUUGCAAAACCGAAAAUAUACAGGACAGUUUUAAACAAUAAAAUUUGGUAAGUUUUGAAUAAGCAAAAAAACCUAAAAAUUGAAUUAAAAAAUAAAAAAGUAUGUAAAUAAUUUAUUAUUUCUAUUCCUCGGGUUGUAUGUUUAUUCAUUAUGAUACAAAUUGAUGGUGAAAAAAUUGAGAAGGUUUAUUAUUAAUAUUCAAGGGUCGCUCGAAAACGUCCAAGAGACAGUACUCGGAAACAUUCAGAAUUCUUGAGCGACGUUUAAAUAUUUUAAUUUUGAGCUGAAAUUUGCAGGGUAGUCAUGAUUUCAUAAAUAUAAACUAUAGCUGCCACGAGAAAGAAGAAAUUUAGAACAAAAAAAUCCUAAUUUCGAUCAAUUUUGAUAUUUUCAAAAUUCGUGAGCGACCUCUUGAAAUUGUUUUAUCGAGCUGAUGUUUGGAGAGGCGUC